GACAGACGAGAUGCGCACGAGAGAACCGUGGACACAGGACUUCAAUUGAGGUUCGACAGCUGUGAUGACACCACGACCCAAAGGGCCUCGCCGCUAUAUCAACCCUCCGAAACGUGCUCAACCGCAAUAUGCCUGACGAUCAAGCUACCUCACGCCAACAUGGCGGAAACGCCAGCGGCCUCGUCUGCUCCCGGCAAAACUCCGUAAUUGUGGGGGAACUUGCUCAAACACACUCGCGCCUUCCCUUUUCCGUGCCGGAAAGGCCCACCCUCACCACCCAGCGGCGGCCAGUAUCUUGGCAUCGCGCACUUUGUCAAUCCACUCUGAAGCGCGGCAGCCAUGAUUCGACUGCCAGCAGUUAUAUAGAAUAACCAUGGACGUCUGCUGCUGUGACAGUAGCCGCGACCUAUCUUCGCUCACGCGUUUGUUAUCUGAGCAGCCAUGGCCACCCCCCUGAAGAUGUUGACGGCGCGUCAGCACAUCCAAAACAUCAGCGCCGCCUCGGAGGUGCAGCCGCACUGGGGAUAUGCGGAUCGCGUGGUACCGUGUGUCAACGAUGCUGGAUCCUGCAAGUACCUCGAUGUUGUGUACGCUGCCCACGAUAUCGGCAUGUACUACACCGGCAUCAUCUGGGCGACCAUCGGCGGCAUCCUUAUUGUCUGGGCUAUUGGGCGGCACUUUAUGCGCGCAUAUCCAUCAGGUGUCGUACUACCAGCAGAAUUGGCAGGAGAAGGCGUGAACAAGAGAAAGAAUGCAGUUCAGAGAUUCGCAACCGCAGCUCCAUCAUACGCCCGCUCAUACCUGCUUCCAGACGCCAACCGCUUCAUCUUUGGCCGCGUCACACGCACCCAGGUCUUGACACUCGUAGUUCUUGUUGGUUAUCUUACCAUCUGGUCCUUCGUUGGCAUCGCUUACGGCACUUGGGUCACACCUGUCAAGAAUAAGCCCGGUCUCUACAACACCCGAACAAGUCUGGGACCAUGGGCCGAUCGUGUCGGCGUCAUUGCUUAUGCUCUAACUCCGUUAUCCAUCAUGCUCUCGAGUCGCGAGUCGAUACUGUCACUGGUCACGGGAUUGCCUUACCAGAGCUUCAACUUCCUCCACCGCUGGUUGGGAUACCUCAUCUUUACUCAGUCAUCACUCCACACCAUUGGAUGGUGUGUCAUCGAGAUCAGACUGUACAAUCCUCAGCCCAGUACCGGACUGAACUGGAUUCGCCAGCUGUACAUGAUUUGGGGGUUGGUUGCUAUGAUUCUCCUUACUCUCCUUUUCAUCUUGUCCACACCUUGGGGCAUUCGCAUGACUGGAUAUGAGGCUUUUCGCAAGCUUCACUACGUUCUAGCUAUGGUCUACAUCGGCGCAUGCUGGGGCCACUGGGAGCAGUUGAAAGUUUUCCUCAUUCCGGGUCUGGUCGUAUGGAUCAUCGACCGUGCCAUCCGUCUCGGCCGAACGGCCCUGCUGCACUACAACUUCCUUCCCUCGGGCCACAUGGGUUUCCGCGCGGCACCCGCAGACAUCACCUUCUUCAAAGACGAGACCAACGGCGACGUCGUGCGUCUUGACUUCGAUCACCCACAGGACGCCUGGGCUGUCGGCCAGCACUUCUACCUCACGUUCCCCGAGUCCAGCAUCUGGCAAUCGCAUCCAUUCACCCCGCUCAGCCUCCCCGUCUUCGGCGCCGACACCCAGCGCCACUCGUACAUUUUCCGCGCAAAGAAGGGCGAAACCCGCAAGAUUGCCGAACUCUCUGCCAAACGUGCCGCUCGCUCAUCCGAUCCCCAAGAAGCCCACGAGGGCCUCAUGGGCAACGCACGCCUUUCUGUCGUCCUCCAGGGUCCUUAUGGCGAGCAGACAAUGCGCGAUCUCGCUUCCGAUUCGAACAUCCUCUGCAUUGCUGGUGGUACAGGUAUCACCUACGUUCUUCCCGUCCUCCUCGACAUCGCCUCACGUCCCCAGAACCGCGACCGCAAGCUUUCCCUUUUGUGGGUCAUCCGUCAUCGAAGUGACAUCGACUGGGUAGCGCCUGAGCUCGCAAUCUUGAAGCGCAAGUGCCGCAACCUGCGCACCGGGAUUCACAUCUACGUCACUCGCGCAGCUGAGGACCACUACCACGAACCUAACGUACCCACUGCUGCUGAAAAAAUUACCGCGACAGAUUGCGCGCCGGAAAAGGGUAGCUGCUGUGCACCCAAGGAGAUUGAGGCCCAGCCUAAGAGCUGUUGCCAGAGCAAAGAGAUCCAAGCUAUCUCAAACUCUUCAGACUCUUCAGCCGUAUCCGUUUCUUCAGCGCUAUCUGUUCACGGCGUGUCCAAGUCUGAGCUCAACCUUGAUCACAUCCAGGCGCGUCCUGACCUGAGACUCAUGGUCGAGGACUUUGUUGCCUCCACAGUGCGAGGGCGGACUGACGUCUUUGCGUCCGGACCGGGUGGUAUGAUCAGUGACCUGCGCACCAUCAUCGCUGGAGCGAACAAGGGUGGUGAAGUCUGGAAGGGCGAGGAGAGGUGGGAUGUUAGGUUGACAUGCGAUGACAGGCUGGAGUGGUAGACGAUCGAUUAGAGUAGACGCUUUGCUCAUGAUACCCCAAUGCAAAUUUUUCCAAC